ACCGUGCAAGCCGCAGGAGCGCUCACCUGGGGCACUGGAGGGUGGCCUACCGAGUAGGGACAGACAGGUAGUGCGAGCGCCUGGAAGCGGGUAUCACGCGAAGGGGCGUGACACGCGGCGGCACCCUGGGGCGCCCUGGCCCGGACCUGCGAGCGCUCGGAGGCCGCCCGGGGGCGUUGGUCUCCCGGGGCGGGGCCUGUGUGCGGCGGGCCGGCGGGCGGGGCAGCGGCGGCCGGGCUCGGGCUGCGCUCCCGCGGGUCUCGCUCUCACCGCCCGCAGUGGCCAUGGGGCGCCGCGCUCUGCCGCUCCUGCCGCUGCUCCUGGCCCUGCUGGCUCCCGGCGCCGCGCUGCCGGCCCCAUCGGCGUCCAGAGCCCUGCACAGGAUGCGCGGGCCCAGCAGCCUAGCCGCCCGCCAUGCGGUAGACAAGAAGUUCUCCACUCACUACUUCCCGCAGAAGAUUGAUCAUUUUGGAUUUAACCUUGGUAAGACUUUUAAACAACGGUACCUUAUCUCUGCUAAACAUUGGAAGAAAGAUGGUGGAUCAAUACUCUUCUACACUGGUAAUGAAGGGGACAUUAUCUGGUUUUGCAAUAAUACGGGGUUCAUGUGGGAUGUGGCUGAGGAAUUGAAAGCUAUGUUGGUGUUUGCUGAGCAUCGGUACUAUGGAGAAUCCUUGCCGUUUGGUGCUGACUCCUUCAAGGAUCCCAAACACUUGAAUUUCCUGACAUCAGAACAAGCUUUGGCUGAUUUUGCAGAGUUAAUUAAGCACUUGAGGAAAGCAAUCCCAGGAACUAGAAAUCAACCUGUUAUUGCCAUAGGAGGCUCCUAUGGUGGCAUGCUUGCAGCUUGGUUCAGGAUGAAAUAUCCCCACAUGGUGGUUGGAGCUCUUGCAGCCUCUGCUCCCAUCUGGCAGUUUGAGGAUAUGGUUCCAUGUGAUGGAUUCAUGAAUAUUGUAACUACAGAUUUUAGGAAAAGUGGCCCAAAUUGUUCAGACAGCAUUCGGAAGUCCUGGGAUGUUAUUAAUCACUAUGGAAGUACAGGUACUGGCUUAAACUGGCUGUCUGAUAACCUUCGCUUAUGCAGUCCAUUAAAAACUCCACAGGAUUUACAGCACCUAAAAGAAUGGAUGACUGAAACCUGGAUAAAUCUGGCAAUGGUGGACUACCCUUAUGAGUCUGAUUUUUUACAGCCUUUGCCUGCUUGGCCAAUCAAGGAAGUGUGCCAACAUCUGAAAAAUCCCAAUGUGUCUGAUUCACAGUUGAUCCAUGGUGUUUUCCAAGCCUUGAAUGUAUAUUACAAUUACACAGGCCAGGCGAAAUGCCUGAAUACAUCAGAGACAGCAACUGGCAAUCUGGGUUCCCAGGGCUGGGGCUAUCAGGCCUGCACAGAAAUGGUCAUGCCCUUUUGUUCUAAUGGUGUCCACGACAUGUUUGAACCUCAUACUUGGGACUUGAAGUCAUAUUCUGAUGAGUGUUUUAAGCAAUGGCACGUGAGACCGAGACCUCACUGGAUCCGUACUUUGUAUGGAGGCAAAAAUAUCAGUUCACACACCAACAUAAUUUUCAGCAAUGGUGACCUAGACCCCUGGUCAGGAGGAGGAGUAACCAAGGACAUCUCAGAUACCCUGGUUGCGAUAGUCAUCCCAGAGGGAGCCCAUCAUCUAGAUCUCCGAUCCAACAAUGCCUUUGACCCCCUGACUGUGCUCUUAGCCCGCUCCUUGGAAGUUAAAUAUAUGCAGCAGUGGAUCACAGAUUUCUACAAUAGCCUGGCAAAACAGGACUGAGCAACUUUUGAUCACUUUCGAUUUCCUCCUUUAUAUCCACUCCACCACAUUCCCAUUCAGUUUGUUUUUAUUCCCUUCUCAUUGUUGGCUUUUAGAUUUGGUGGGGUGAAGCUUAGGAUGGAAGAGAGGGUGAUGGAGGCAGCAAUGGCCACCUCACUCCUCACCAUCUCGAUCCCCUCUUCCUGAAGAAUCUUUCUGAGACUGCUUUGCUGCAGUUUCAGGUUUCCUCAUAACUGGAACAGCAUUGCCUGUCUGCCUUCACAAGAGGGAGAGCCACUCCUCUUUGUUUCUCUGCAAGCAAGGACUUUUUGCGGUUUUGAGGUUAAAGUCUGUGACCUAUUUGUUAUUCUCUGCCUCUGCCCUCCCCCAAAGGAAAAGCAGAACGACUAUAGACCAAAAAAAAAAAAAAUGAUGUAAUCGCAGCUGGUAGGAAGCAUGUUGAUGCCAAUCCAGGAAAUGGGAACCAUUGCUUUUGUACUUGAUUGAAUGACUCUCAACUGUGCUGCAAAUAAAGAAUAAAGCUCGG